AGGUGGAUUAAUGCAGCACCUUAAUCUUGGAUCACAUGUUUGCCUGCACUUAUCAGUUACCGAGGUGCAUGCUGUUGAAAUCGAGGUGAUGUUGUUCGCAGGUCAUCUACUUUCAAAGGCGAUCUGUAAACUGUAAAAUGAAGUGGCAAAUGACAGUAAAACCAGCCUCUCACUGUUGCAGUAAAACCGGUCCUAGUGGUGAUUAACGACAUUCAGUCUGGAUGUCCACUCACGUACACAACCUGUGUGUGCGCUCAAUAGAGAAUUAGUAGGCAUUGUACUAAACGUAUUGAAGCUUUCAGUGACGUGCAGAGAAACCUCUUACGUUUCAAGUAUUUGUGGGGAGAGAUUAGACUGUGAGGAAGAAGGGAGUGGCAGUAAAGUCUGACUGAAUUUGUGUUAAUCAUGCUGAGGGAGACGGAAAUUAAUCUCAGCAGUUUGAGUCAUGUUCAGGUGUCUCUGGAAAGGAGUUUACUUCCCAAUUCUUCACUUAGUUCUGUUUAGACAAUUAUCUGUACAAUGUGGAUCUGACCCCAUAGUCCUCUCCAGCCUUUGCACUCACGCAACAUGGUGCAUUCUUGUUUUGCUGGGUUGCCAAAGGUCAUGAAAUGGAUUUUAAAAACAACACAACAUUUAGUGUGCACGGAUCCUCCUUUAGACAUAGGAUGCAUUUUUGUGUGAGUGCACACCUGUCCAUUCAUUCCAGUGAAUUUGUUUAUUCAGUGCCUCUGUCCCCCAUACCAAAGUGCAGUAAUCUAACCAACGAGGCCUCCAUUUUACUCUCAGAUUCUAGGCGCAUAAGAAUAGGAGCAUGGUGUUUACCACCACAAUUGCAAUGUACAAGUAAAUUAUACCAUGGCUGAACUGGAUCUUAAUCCGUUGCCUAACUUGUUUCUGUACUCCUUGUGUACAAAAAUGCUACCAGUGUGUUUUCACAGUUUGAAAUGAGUUAAGUCCAUAAGUAUGAAGAAACAUGAGACUGCACCAUUCAGAAGUGCAUCAAGGGGAUUAAGUUCUGCAUUUCCAUCACCAUUUUUUGACAGAACAUUUCUUGGUGUUAGACACAAAAUGUUGGAGUAACAGGCAUCAUCUCUGGAGAGAAGGAAUGGCUGAUGUUUUGGGCCAAGACCCUUCUUCAGACUUUGAACACACUUGUUCCUACACACGUCUUGAUGUUACUCUGGUGGAGAUUCCUCGGUUUGCACUGCUCCUCCAUAGGAAAUAGUUUUGGUCUAUCUAUCCUAUCAGCUCUCUCAAUUGCCUUGUAUAGCUUCAUAAUCCUCUAUCCUCAAAAGGGAAUACGCUGAAAAUCUUCAUAAAUGUUGGAAUGUUUAAUUCUGAUUAUAUGAUACAGAUUCAAUGCCUUUAUCAAAUGUGAGACUAGCGAUACAAUGAAAAUGCAUCAAAAGUUUUGUAUGUGCUAAAUCAGCUAAUAGCUGUGUCUUGUUGUUUCAAGCUCCUCCCAAUCCUAUACUUUUAAUUCUACUAUUGUCUACUAUAAACCUACUAUAAACACUCCAAUGAUUGACAUCAUGCAUCACACAAAUGUUGCUUUGAUGUCAGAAAUACUGAGGUUGAGCGGGAAAAAUAGAUCAGCCAUGAUUGAGUGGCAGAGUAGACUCGAUGGGCUGAUAUGCCUCAUUUUGCUCCUAUGGUGGUGGUCAUGUCUCAAAUUAAAUAAAUUAUCUUAAAACAAAUAGCUUGAUAAACAAGGUUCAGGUCAUCUGGAAAUAUGCAGGAAUGUUAUAAAGACAUUGCCCUUUUAAUGGAGCCAAUCCAGAGCAUUUUGGCUUUGAAUUCAACCCUCAAAAGGUGGGGGCAGGGUGGACAAUGUGCGAUGCAAGCACGUAAAUAUUAAAUAUUAUUUUGCUAAGCACCUCCUUUGUCGGAAGAAGACUUUAUGAACUUUCUUCAGUGUCUUUGCCUACUCUUUGAUCCUGACAUUACAAAAGACUUGUGCCAGCUUGUAUGCUGGAGUUUUGCUGAUUACUUCACCUCAAACAGGAUAUUCAAAUGCAAGGUGACCUUUGCACCAAUGUGCUGCACAACAGAAAAGGAAAGUGUGGGUUAUCGUGGAGUUUGCGUUUGAAAACUACGCUGGCCUCUCAUUGAAAAACUUUGAAGAUUCAAACAGGAGAGAAUAUUAAUAGAACAACUUGGACUGUUCAGGAAACAUUUGACUGUGGAAACAGGAUCCAGGACAGGAACUCUCUGCUUUCACACCCGAAGUUUCAAAUCCCUCUUUGCUGCUUUGGAAGUUCAAGUUUCUUUGGGACUCGUACCAACUCUGUAAGCUUCCAUUUAAGCUCUGAACCUACAGCCAGCUAUGAACUGAAGUAUUUGUAGUUUGAUGGCAACCAAUAUACUUUGAUGAGGAGGACCUUUUCCAAUCUCAAGUGGAUUAACUCAUCUAUUACUGUAGCACGAGGAAUGUACUACCAUGGCAACAGCAGUCAAGCAAAAUGAACGUGCUUCAGUUUGCAAGUAAUGACAUGGAAAGUGCCCAGGAGGUAAGAUGCUCUCCACACAUAGCCCGUAAAGAUUGUCCGCAGAAUACCUCGAACAGUAAGAAAAUAUUUUCACUGGCUGGUAGGUCGUGCAUCUUCCCUGCUGUCAUUGUCGAACAAGUACCCAAUGCAGACCUGAUGCAGGACUACUCUGGUCUUGCUAGUGAUGAAGAGACAAAUGGGAUGAUUAACGACAGUUUGCUGGAUAUUGUGGAGGAACAGGUUAUUGGAGAGGAGAUCACCGUUCCAGUGGAGGCAUCCUGUCAGAAUGGAGAGGAGUCAAUGGAAACAAUUGAGGCGGCUGAGGCUCUGCUCAACAUGGACUCGCCCGGCCCUGCCGUAGAUGAGAGGAGGACAACUCAUAUGCUCAUGCCAUCAGUGAGUGGGGUGAUCACCGCUCCCUUCACACACAUCUCUAUGCGGGCAGAUGGAGUUCCUGAGGUGGUGGAAAAUGCAGAAGCCAUUAUAUUGACGGAGGAGACUGCCCAGCAACAGAUGGCCAGCGAAUCGAUGGAACAUACCAAAAAAAGAAAAGGGCGUAAACCGAGACCACCUCGUCCAUCUUCACCCGUGGCGAAUCCAGACCUCCCUGUGAAGAGGAAAAACAAUGGCAAAGGAAAUACAAUCUACCUCUGGGAGUUCCUUUUGGCUUUGCUCCAAGACAGGAAUACGUGUCCGCGCUAUAUCAAAUGGACUCAGAGGGAGAAAGGCAUCUUCAAGUUGGUUGACUCCAAGGCUGUGUCCAGGCUCUGGGGCAAACACAAAAACAAGCCGGACAUGAACUAUGAGACCAUGGGCAGAGCUCUCAGAUAUUAUUACCAAAGAGGAAUCCUUGCCAAGGUGGAGGGGCAGCGCCUGGUGUAUCAGUUCAAGGAGAUGCCCACGAAUCUAAUCCGCUUUGAUGAUGAUGGUGAUGACCCCAGUAACAUUUCUGAAACCCGGGAAAAUUCUUCACAACUUACAACAUACAAGCUUCUGGCGACUUCGGAAUCUCCUUCGUCGGUAACAAUCCUGCCAUCGUCAAUGGUCAUGAGUUGUAUCCAAACCCAGAAGCCCAGGGUUUCCUCGCAUGUGAUGAUGUCGAGUGGGAUGGAAGCUUUGCCCCAUCCCUCCACUGCAGUCAACUCAAUGAAAGCAACUUAUGUUGGAGAGACGGAGCAAGGGUCAGUGCACCUGCUGUCACCAGAAAUGUUGAGAGAUGUUGAGCCCCUUCACCACGCGCAGCAACCCAAUGUUCUCAACACUGUGCAGGUUGUGCGGUCGGCUCCGCCUCGCCACGAUGAGAAGGUCAACGAUGGAGGCAUCCCUUUGUCGGCACCAGUGACUCUAUCGACACAGUCAGUGAGAACAAUAAAGAGCCCAUCACAGGUUCCAGUGGUCGUAUCACCAGGAGCUCAACGAAUUGGUACUGUUACGUUGCAAACUGUUCCUCUCACGACUGUGAUCACGAGCACUGAUUUAGCCAUGUCCUCUCCCAAGUUCAUUUUCCAAACAGUUCCAUCUUCCCAUCAAGGGACUGUACUGAAAGAAAACGUCACCUUGCAAGAGAAGUCGCUCAUUGCAAAAAUAGUUACACCCACCUCUCUCGCUGUCCACGGUACCAGUUUUCGGCAAGUUCUUCCCGCCAGCCCACAGCUGCCAGAUAAUACAACACACGCCGUGUCUUUGUCCAGCGUGAUGGGUGCCGCCACUCCUGUGGUGACCUUCGCCGCUACCAGUCAGCAGGUUAUGAAUCAACCGCAGGGCACAGUCUUCACAUCUGUGAUCAAAGCGCCAGAAACCAAGCAAACUGCCACACAGACUGUGAUCAAGCAGGAAGAUCAGAUAGAGGCCAUGGGAACCAACCCGCAGAGUGAUCAUAGAAUCCGGCAGUCCCAUGUUAUUGUGCUCACAAACACGGCAGUGCUUCCUAAUCAUGUGCUGUUUGGAGCAGGGGAGCACCGGGAAGUGGACACACAGUGACGCUGCGAGAUUCCUUUUCCACGCUUCCGCAUCUCCAUUCCCAAAUAUUGUUUCAAACUAGACCUACAACAUGUAAUGUUCAACUCAACCUGUGCAUAGUUUUAAUGUUAAGCAUAGAAGGUUACAGGGCAAAGGUGCGACUGAACUGGAGGCAACGGGCAGAUGUUAGAAAUAUAAUAAUGGGGCAUUGGCUCCGACAGAUGUCUUUUUGUUUCUGGAUGACUUUGUUAUAAGGAGAAUUUUGAACUUUUUUUUCAAAAGUGAGUUGCAUUUCUUACAAUGGCAGCACACUCCCCUACAGAAACUGUAUUAUAGAUCUUGUGGCCUUUUGUGGAUUGGCACAGUAUGGCCUUGCAGUGGGAGUGCUGUUACACUGGCAUUGUGGUUGUUUGUGCUGGAUAUUGAACAUGCUGUACAUGAGAGCUCUUGGAUAAAAUGAUCAGUGAAAUAUAAACGGCAGCUCUUUUGAUACAUAGAUCCGCAUGGGUGGUUAAGCCUCAUUUUACUUAAUCAUAAAGAAACCAAAAUCUUUCUUCUCCUGUUGUAUUUUAGAAAAAGAAAGCAGAAUAUUUUGCUGGCUUGUUUCACCAUGACCUUUGCUCUUCUUUUCCUAUUAUAAAUUGUACAAACUUUAUUAGGAAUCAAAUGGGUGAACAAAGUUAACAGUAUUUGUUUGUUUGGAUGGGCUUUUGUCAGUGGGAUUCUUUAUAAAGGAAUUAUUCAAGGGGGGGUUUAUUUGUAGCAGGAACCUUCAGCUUCACAAUGUAUAUAUUAAAUGAUAAUGUUUCCUUGGUUUUGUAAAUAAUGUAUUUCAUGUUCUAUUUUUGAGGUUGAAUGAAUAUUUGAACUCUGAUUGCCAGCCCUUUUUUUUUUUUUUAAAGGUACAUUUUGUAUAGUUUUGAGAGAUGAUGUUAAAACCAUAAUGUUUCCAUGGGCAUUUUUAGAAUGAACAUGUGUCAAGGCAAAAAAUAAAUAAUUUUAGUUGCUA